CGCGGACUCCGGCCCGCAGUGCGCUGACGCGCCGCUAGGAGGCGCCCCGACCGCGCCGCGGCCCCUCCCGCUGCCAGAGGAGGGCUCGGAUCCCCUCCGCCAGCCCCCCGAGCCGCGGGACCAGGCGGCCGGCAGACCGCAGGGGACGCGCGGAGGAUCGCCCGGGGCUGUCACCGCGGACGCGCCGCGCGCACCGACCCGGGCCGCGAGCAUCGGGGACCGCCAGCCGCCACGCCCGCCGUUCCCCAGCCGGGGUCUUCGGCUCCCGCCGUCCGGUGAGCACCGGCCGGGCGGAGGGCGAUGUCCGCCCGGGCCCGCCGCGGUCCCCGGGGCAACCGGGCGCCGCCCCUCGCGCCCCUCUGCUGCUUCUCCGCCGCGCUGGUGGUGCUGUGGUCGCCCGCCUCGCAGGCGUUCAACUUGGACGUGGACCAGCUCACGGUGUACGGCGGCCCCGAGGGCAGCUACUUCGGCUACGCGGUGGACUUCCACGUACCUGCCGCUCGCACAGCGAGUGUCUUGGUGGGAGCGCCCAAAGCCAACACCAGCCAGCCAGACAUCGUGGAAGGGGGAGCGGUCUACUACUGUCCUUGGCCCGCCGAGGGGUCCGUGCAGUGCAGGCAGAUACCGUUUGACAACACCAACAACAGAAAGAUCAGAGUAAAUGGAACCAAGGAACCUAUAGAGUUUAAAUCGAAUCAGUGGUUUGGAGCGACAGUGAAAGCUCAUAAGGGGAAAGUGGUGGCCUGUGCUCCGCUAUAUCACUGGAGAACUCUUAAACCGACGCCAGAGAAGGACCCAGUUGGCACUUGCUAUGUAGCGAUUCAGAAUUUCAGUGCGUAUGCUGAGUACUCUCCUUGUCGGAACAGCAAUGCUGAUCCUGAAGGUCAGGGUUACUGCCAAGCAGGAUUUAGUCUGGACUUUUAUAAGAACGGAGACCUGAUAGUUGGAGGCCCCGGCAGUUUUUAUUGGCAAGGUCAGGUGAUCACUGCCAGUAUUGCAGAUAUCAUUGCAAACUACUCAUUCAAGGAUAUCCUGAGAAAAUUGGCUGGAGAAAAGCAGACAGAAGUGGCUCCUGCUUCCUACGAUGACAGUUACCUUGGAUAUUCAGUUGCUGCUGGGGAAUUUACUGGGGACUCUCAGCAAGAAUUGGUUGCUGGGGUUCCCAGAGGAGCACAGAAUUUUGGAUGCGUUUCAAUCAUUAACUCUACAGAUAUGACCUUUAUUCAGAAUUUCACUGGUGAACAGAUGGCAUCUUACUUUGGAUACACAAUUGCAGUAUCAGAUGUUAACAAUGAUGGAAUGGAUGACAUAUUGAUCGGGGCACCUCUCUUUAUGGAACGUGAAUUUGAGAGCAACCCCAGAGAAGUAGGGCAAGUUUACCUGUACUUGCAAGUGAACGUGCUGGUCUUCAGAAAUCCGCAGAUCCUCGCAGGCACUGACGUUUUCGGGAGAUUCGGUAGUGCUUUGGCACAUUUAGGAGACCUGAACCAAGAUGGAUACAAUGACAUCGCCAUCGGUGCGCCCUUUGCAGGCAAGGACCAAAGAGGCAAAGUACUCAUUUACAACGGUAACAAGAAUGGCUUAAACGCCAAGGCUUCCCAAAUCCUGCAAGGAGUGUGGGCCUCACAGGCUGUCCCUUCUGGAUUCGGCUUUACUUUAAGAGGAGAUUCUGACAUAGACAAGAAUGAUUACCCAGAUUUAAUUGUGGGUGCAUUUGGAACAGGAAAAGUAGCUGUUUACAGAGCAAGGCCGGUUGUGACGGUGGGAGCCCAGCUUCUCCUGCACCCGGUGAUCAUCAAUCUGGAUAAUAAAACCUGCCAGAUUCCAGAAUCGAUGGCAUCUGUGGCCUGCUUUUCUUUAAGAGUGUGUGCAUCUGUGGCAGGCCAGAGCAUUUCAAACACAAUCGGCCUGACUGCCGAGGUGCAGUUAGAUUCCCUGAAACAAAAAGGAGCCAUUAAACGCACGCUCUUCCUUGAAAACCAUCAGUCACAUCUCGUCUUCCCUCUCGUGAUAAAGGGGCAGAAAUCCCUCCAAUGCCAGGAUUUUACCGUUUACCUUCGAGAUGAAACUGAAUUCCGAGAUAAACUGUCUCCAAUCAACAUUAGUUUGAAUUACAGUUUGGAUGAAUCCACCUUUAAAGAAGGUCUGGAGGUGAAACCGAUAUUGAAUUACUACAGGGAAAACGUUGUUACCGAACAGGCUCACAUCCUGGUCGACUGUGGAGAAGAUAACAUGUGCAUUCCUGACUUGAAGCUGUCAGCUAGACCAGAUAAGCAUCAGGUCAUCAUUGGAGAUGAAAACCACCUUACGCUAAUAAUCAACGCGAGAAAUGAAGGGGAAGGUGCCUACGAAGCCGAGCUCUUUGUGAUAAUUCCAGAAGAGGCUGAUUAUGUUGGGAUUGAACGCAGCAACAAGGCACUGCGACCACUGAGCUGUGAGUACAAGAUGGACAAUGUCACCCGAAUGGUGGUGUGUGACCUUGGGAACCCUAUGGUGGCUGGAACAAAUUCUUCUCUGGGCCUCCGAUUUGCAGUUCCACGACUUGAGAAAACAAACAUAAGCAUUAACUUCGAUCUCCAAAUCAGAAGUUCCAACAAGGACAACCCAGACAGCAAUUUUGUGAGCCUGCAAAUCAACAUCACUGCUGUAGCUCAAGUAGAAAUAAGAGGGGUAUCCCACCCUCCGCAGAUCGUUCUGCCCAUUCGUAACUGGGAACCGGAAGAGAAGCCCCGCAAGGAGGAGGGAGUUGGACCAUUGGUGGAACAUAUUUAUGAGCUGCACAAUAUUGGACCAAGCACCAUCAGUGAUACCCUCCUGGAGGUGGGCUGGCCCUUCUCUGCCCGGGAUGAAUUUCUCCUCUACAUUUUUCAUAUUCAAACUCUGGGACCUCUGCGAUGUCAAACAAAUCCUGAUAUCAACCCACAGGAUAUAAAGCCCGCUGCCCCCGCCGAAGACACCCCCGAGCUGAGCGCCUUUUUGCGAAACUCCACCAUCCCUCAUCUGGUCAGGAAGAGAGAUGUGCCUGCGCUGGAGCCUCACAGACAGAGCCCCGCCAAGGUCCUGAAUUGUACAAAUAUCGAGUGCUUACAAAUCUCCUGUGCAGUGGGACAACUAGGGGGAGGAGAAAGCGCUGUCCUGAAAGUCAGGUCACGGUUAUGGGCCAAGACAUUUCUCCAGAGGAAAAAUGAUCCCUAUUCUCUUGCAUCCCUGGUGUCCUUUGAAGUUAAGAAGAUGCCUUAUAAAGACCAGCCAGCCAAACUCCCUGAAGGCAGCAUAGCAAUUAAAACAUCGGUUAUUUGGGCAACCCCAAAUGUUUCCUUCUCGAUCCCGUUAUGGGUAAUAAUACUAGCAAUACUUCUUGGAUUACUGGUUCUGGCCAUUUUAACCUUGGCUUUAUGGAAGUGCGGAUUCUUUGACCGAGCAAGACCCCCCCAGGAUGAUAUGAAUGACAGGGAACAGCUGACCAAUGAGAAAACCCCUGAGGCAUGAAAAGGAAAACCAAAGACCAAACGAACUCCGACACUGGUCCAGUUCAAAGAAAAGAAGGAUCAGGAAGGUUCAACCAAGGUUUUCCUCUACCUGCCAGUGUCCUAAGAAUUGGAAAGGCCAUGGUAUCACCUUGUCUACACUGUGCUUUAGAAAAGCUGCCUCGGAUCCCAGUGACCCUUUUCCGGAAGGAAGCAUCCUUGACGCUGCAGAAACAAUGGACAAUUGCGGAAGAUGUCUUUGGCUUGAGUCCUUCCGUAUUUGGCAGACACUUUGAAAUGGGUAUGGGAACAUGAGGUUGCUUUCCAGAUAAAUCCAACUGAAGUCUCAAAGAUGCAAUGUCUGAAUUAGGAUAGACUUUAGAAGGUGAACUAGGACCAAACCUUCCGACACUACUGUAUCCAACGGAAUAUUUGACACCUCCCUCUGGAAAAGAAACAUUUCUAAUGACGUUACUGCUCAGGGAGACCAACCUAUGCUGUUGGGACUGUGAAAGUACUUUGGAAACGGCAAAGAUCAUCUUUGUAAGUGAGGAUAACGAUUUAUUUAUUUAUUUUCCAUGGCUCUAGGCUGAUACUCUAGAGGAUUUGGAAAUUAAGAUUUGGUUCGCUGGUUUUCAAAAUCACUCACUAGAUUUCCCUCCGAGAUAUCCAGUUUGUGCAUAAUAUAUCAUUUAGCAGAACUUAGUCAGGAUUUAGACAGCGUUAAAGAAAAGCAAACUGGUAUUUGAAGACCGUUUCACUCAACACCUUGCUGCCUUCUACCUGAAAUUACUUUUAUUCACACUUUCCAGGGCCUCACAUCUGCUUAAUUUAGCUUUGCAAAAAGUUGCAUUUGUAUUUCCUUUUACAAAAAAAAAAUUAUAAUAA